AUGGACGACGAACCCGAAAAGACAGUCAAGGCCGUCUCCGCCAAGGAAAUCAAAAGGCUCGUCCGCCCCGAGUUCCAGGCCAAUCCUGAAAAGUUCUACCCGGUGGGCACGCUGACCAAGCUGGGCUUCUCCCGCAGCCAUUGCUCCUGCGGCAACUUCUACUGGCGCUGCGACGAGAGCCAGGUCACUUGCGGAGACUCGAAUUGCGUCGGAGCAUAUUCUUUUAUCGGAAAGGGCACCGGCAUCGGUCGCAAGGGGAAAAAGCUGACUUACGGAGAGGCCUACCGUGGUUUCGAGCGCAGCUUCAUCGCGCGGAUCCCUUGUCAAGCCAUCAAGCGGUACCCCGUCGUCGCCCGGUGGAGGAGCGAUGUGGACUACGUGGCUGCAGGGAUCUUCUGCUUCCAGCCAUACUGCGUGACAGGCGAGCUGGACCCGCCCGCGAACCCUCUGAUCUGCCCACAGUUCUGCGUGCGCUUCAACGACCUGGACAACAUCGGGCUGACGGGUCGGCACUACUCGGGCUUCGUGACUGGGAUCCAGGUGUUCAACUACCCCAACGAUUAUAAGUUCUUCAAGGACGAGUGCGUAGAGUUCAACUACCGGUGGCUGACGGAGGAGCUGGGCAUCGACCCCCGCGAGAUCACCUUUGUGGAGGACGUGUGGGCAGGUGGUGGCAACCUUGGCCCCUCCAUCGAGUACUUCGUCAGCGGACUCGAAGUUGGCAACAUGGUCUUCAUGCAGUACCGAUAUUUCCCUGACGCGACCUACAAGGAGCUAGAAAUCAAGGUCAUCGACACUGGCAUCGGCCUCGAGCGAAUCCCCUGGCUCAUUAAUGGCACGCCCACCUCCUACUUCGACGUGUUCCCUUCUGCCCUCGAAUUCCUUUCUGGCAAGCUGAAUAUCCCCCUGAGCAGCGACGUCUGGGAAAAGCUGGGCCCCUACUCCUGCCUCCUGAACGUCGAUGAGGCCGAGGACAUCAGCAAGGUGUGGGCCCAAAUAUCGGAGAAGAUCGGGAUGCCUGUCGAGGCAGUGCAGAAGGCCAGAGCUGUGAGGUAGCUGCUCAUCAUCCUGGACCACACGCGCACCAUCCUCGUCAUCAUCUGCGACGGCUCUCUCCCCUCCAACGUAGGUGGCGGAUCGAAUUGCAGGAACAUCCUGAGGAGAGUGUUUGCGCUGCUGAAGAAGAACGACUGGUGGGACCCGCUGGGCGGGAUGGACGGGUUCAUGCGGCUGAUGGAGAGGCAGAAAGCUGACCUGGCUGAGCUCUAUGGGCCUGCCCCCGAGUACUCUUCUUUCGAGACUAUCCUGCGCUCCGAGUACGACCUGCGGAACACCGAUGUGGUCCAAAAGCAGAAGCUAUAAAUGAUCGCCAAGAAACCGGUGCUGGCGCUGGACGACUGGAUCCUGGCGAUGCAGACGUGGGGGCUGCCAGCUGACGCCAUCGCCCAAAUUGCCAAACAGCCCAUCCCGCCUAAUCUCUACUACGAGAUCGCGUUGCGCCAGUAAACCACUGCAAAGGCCACAUAGACCAUCCUCUACGAGACUGCCAAGUUCCCUGAGACCGUCAACCUCUACUACAAGGACCACCGACACCUGGAGAGCGAUGCCAAGCUGGGCAAGAAUGUGCUGCUGCUCGAGGAGUCUGUUUUACCUACUUCUGGAGGACAGCAGCACGACAUCGGCACUCUGAGCGUGGCUGGAGAGUCGCUUCAAGUAGUCAAUGUGGAAAAGGUCGGUAAAACAUUCUUGCACUUUUUGGAAAAGGAGCCUGCUUGUCUAGAGGCAGGCACUCCGGUCAAGGGCAGUGUCGACGCUGAGCGCAGGAACACCCUCCGGUUUCACACGGGCACCCACGUCGUGUUUGCCGCCUGCAGGCGCAUACUCGGCCCGCACAUGCAGGCGGGGGCCAAAAAAAGCAUGGCAGGCGCGCACCUCGACAUCACACAUUUCAACUCUCUUACAAAGGAAGAGGAAACCGCGAUAGAGAAUGAGGCGAAUCGACUGGUGCUCAUGGGACGGCCGAUAAACAAAUACUUUAUGGACAAGGCCGAUGCAGAACUGAAGUACGGCUUCCAUCUCUACCAAGGAGGCGUCAUUCCAGGCAACAGCCUGCGCAUCGUGGACAUCGAGGGCGUCGACACCGAGGCAUGCUGUGGGACCCACUGUGACUCGACGAGUGAGGUCGGAUGGGUCAAGAUCAUCAAGACAGGACGGAUCUCAGACGGGAUCUUGCGGCUGAGUUACGUGGCGGGCGAGAGAGUGCUGCCCCAUUUGAACAAUCAAAGUGGAAUCAUCAGCGCACUCAGCAAGCUGUGGGGGAUCAACCAAGGCGAGAUCGUGGACACUGCCGAGCGGAUCUUCCGGGACUACAAGAAGUACGAGGGCGAGGCCAUGAGGCAGAAGCAGACCAUCAUGCGCCUCCAGAUCGAGUGCCUCAUGCACCACCCCAGCAAGAAGCUGCUCAUCCGCACCCUCGAGAAGGAAGAGGUUGACCUGGAGGCCCUGCACAAGACGCUGCUCGAGGACAAUAGUGAGGAGCACGUCAAGAAGAAGCUGCUGCUGAGGGAGAAGCUGGCGUCUGCAGAUUACCUUCACCGGCAACGUCAAGCCAAGAAGGUGGAGAAGUCGCUGGUGGAGCAGGGCUUCGGAUUGCUGGGACAGGAAUGA